CCCCCGUACCGACUGAGCUGGUUGUCAUUUUGAAUGUUCGGCGCCGUUUAGCUGCAGCGGUUUUGUUGUUACAGAGGAGAGAAGUUCAGAAUGACCUCCACUAUCGCAUCCAGCGUCGAAGACUCAUUUAAAACCCCGAAAACUGUAAGACCGAGGAGCCGAAACAGCGGCGGUACCCCCAUCACCAUCCCUGCCUCACCUUUCAUGAAGAAGCUGGGAUGUGGGACUGGAGUCAAUGUUUACCUCCUGAACAGGAUGGAAAAGCUGAAUGCGUCACCUUGGGCUGUUAAGAAGAUCAACAGUAAAUGUGCAGCCAAACAGGUGGCUGUUUACCAGCAGCGCCUCAAUGAGGAGGCGGAAGUCCUGAAGGGAAUCAAUCACCCAAACAUUGUUGGUUUCCGUGCCUUUGCCACGGCUAAAGACGGCUCCAAAUGUCUGGCCAUGGAGUACGGAGGAGAGCAAUCCCUCAAUGAUGUGAUAGAGAAGAGGAAGAAGGACAGUCUGAAGGCUUUCCCUGCCGCCAACAUAGAGAAAGUGGCGCUGCAUGUGGCCCGCAGCCUGCAGUAUCUGCACAAUGAGAAGAAGCUGCUGCACGGCGACAUGAAGUCAUGCAAUGUGGUCAUCAAAGGCAACUUUGAGACGGUGAAAAUCUGUGACAUCGGUGUUUCUCUGCAGCUGGAUGAGAACAUGAGAGGCUCUGUAGAAUAAUUCAGUCCAGAUUUGAAGAGUCUACGUGUAGCGGUUCUCGACCUGGACCUGGUCUAAUGUGGUCUAUAUGCUGAAAAAACAGUAAAAUGUGCAUUUAUUGCAUUUUCACAAAUAGAAUAAAGUUUUCACAAAUCAGAGACUAUGUUUUUAUGAAUCUACAGGCUCUGUAGAAUAAUUCAGUCUAAAUUUGAAGAGUCUAAGUGUAGCGGUUCUCAAGCUGGACCUGGUCUAAUGUGGUCUAUAUGCUGAAAAAACAGUAAAAUGUGCCUUUAUUGCAUUU